UUUUAUUAUAAAAAAUAAAAACGCUCUUCCGGUCGAACGUUGAGAUGCGCUUAUAUUGAACGAGGCGUUUUAUAUAAGCAGUAUGAAAACUCCAGUGAGCGUCCUGCGGCUGCCCAGAGGACCGGACCCGAACAGCCGAGGAUUCGAUCCGAACUCUCCCCGCUUUAUCGCUCUGUGUCCCACAACUGUUUCCACAUCCUCAUCGGGAAGCGUUGAUGAAGAGGAGCAGCGGCUGCGCUCAGAGCUGCGAGAGAGGUUUCUGCGGACACUCUUACUGAUGACAGACAAACAAGUGCAGUUCGACAUGUUUGAGAAAGUGCGCGUGCGCGCGACGUUCGGAGCCUCGGAUAUAGACGUACUAAAUUUCCAGGUGUCUGAUUUGGAGACUCCUCUGGGUGUUCAGAAAGAGGCGCUGCUGAGAUGCCACGAUAUGAUUUCGUGCUCUUUUGAACUGUGAGAGCGGAUUCUGGUCUUCACCACAAGGUGGCGCUAGAAGUGUUGCGAUUGUGUGGUGAUUAAAGUUUAAUGGGUUGAAAGAACUUUCUCGUUGCUUUCAUUGUUCAUACUGUCAUUUGUAAUAAACAUAU